AUGAUGGCUGAUCUCAAGAAUCUCGCUCUGGCCGGUGGCGGAGCAUCCAGAUAUAGCGGCGAUGAACAAGUGCAAUUUAUCCCAGGUGGAAGUCAUCAGGUGACGAUCAGAUCACCCCCUCCCUCUUUACAUUUGGAAAAUCUCAACAAUGCAGUUCAUGGCGGUUCGCAGAACAAUCUCCAUUGCAGUUGCAACGGCACUACGUCGAACGGUGCAGCAGCGGCGGUAUGUACCGGUGGGGUCCUGGCCAGAAAAGUGCCGAACCACAGCGGUGCUAGUCCCGGACAGGGUAACAAAAGGCCGGCGGUAUCGCUGACGCAUCUCCCGAAGAGGCCACCGGUCGACGUGGAGUUCAAGAACCUGGCCUACAGCGUGUCCGAAGGCAGGAAGAGGGGAUAUAAAACUAUCCUAAAAUGUGUAAACGGGAAAUUCCGAUCUGGAGAAUUAACGGCCAUCAUGGGACCAUCCGGCGCCGGAAAGAGCACCCUGAUGAACGUUUUAGCAGGUUACAAAACAUCCCACCUGAGCGGAUCAGUGUUAAUAAACGGAAAGGACAGAAACUUAAGAAGAUUUCGAAAGAUGUCUUGCUACAUCAUGCAGGACGACCGAUUGCUGCCACACUUGACCGUUGACGAGGCGAUGACUGUCUCGGCGAACCUGAAGUUAGGAAAGGACAUAAGCGCGACUGCCAAGAAAGUAGUGAUCGAAGAGAUAAUCGAAACUCUCGGCCUACGCGAAGCCAGCAACACGCAAACUCAGAAUCUCAGUGGAGGACAAAGGAAGAGGCUGUCGAUAGCGUUGGAGCUCGUCAAUAAUCCUCCGGUUAUGUUCUUCGACGAGCCAACUUCCGGCUUGGAUAGCUCUUCCUGUUUCCAAUGUCUCAGUUUGCUCAAGUCCCUAAGCAGAGGAGGGAGGACGAUCAUAUGCACGAUUCAUCAACCGAGCGCCCGUCUGUUCGAAAUGUUCGAUCAUCUUUACCUACUUGCCGAAGGCCAGUGUAUAUAUAAAGGCAACGUCGGUGGUUUGGUGCCCUUCUUGUCAUCAAUGGGUCUCGAUUGCCCGAGUUAUCAUAAUCCAGCGGACUAUGUGAUGGAAGUCGCCUGCGGGGAGCACGGCGAAUGUGUUCACAAGCUCGUGAUGGCCGUGAACAAUGGCAAGUGCAAUAAUUAUCAGCAUCAUCAGGCGGCGAUCGCCGCGGCGCAGACGGUCUCCAAUGACAUCGCCAAGGAAUCGCCGCAGGAGCAGACGAAAUCAGAGGGCACAACCUUGAUACCGAAUGGCGUUGCGAAGGCACCGGCAGGCGCAGCGAUGAUCAACAUGCCGGUGUCUUGCACAACGUCAUUGUUGGACAGUGCAGAGAGCAUAGAGCAGAAGGUUGGCUUUCCGACGAACGGUUGGAUGCAGUUCUGGAUACUGCUAAAGAGGACCUUCCUGUCGCAAAUACGAGAUAUGACGCUGACGAGAGUGAGAUUGAUCUCGCAUAUAAUCGUCGGCUUGCUGAUCGGCGCGAUUUAUUACGACAUCGGUAACGAGGCCUCGGAGGUCACCAGCAAUGCCGGAUGCGUCUUCUUCACAGUGAUGUUUCUCAUGUUCACCGCUAUGAUGCCUACCAUAUUAACAUUUCCGAUGGAAAUGUCCGUGUUUGUGAGAGAGCAUUUGAAUUAUUGGUAUUCAGUGAAAGCUUUUUAUCUUGCGAGAACGCUGGCGGACUUGCCAUUUCAAAUUGUAUAUUCCAUAGCGUACGUGAUGAUUGUGUACUUCAUUACGUCGCAGCCGCUGGAAACGGAGCGUUUUCUUAUGUACCUAAAUAUCUGCAUCCUGACAUCGUUAGUCGCGCAAUCUAUCGGUCUGCUGAUAGGAGCAGCGAUGAGCGUGGAGACGGGAGUAUUCAUCGGGCCGGUAAUGUCGGUGCCGAUUGUCCUGUUCUCCGGUUUCUUCAUCAAUUUCGACGCUGUUCCGCGAUACUUGAAGUUUCUCUCGUACGUGAGCUACGUGAGAUACGGUUUCGAGGGUGCCAUGAUCUCCGUGUACGGCUACAAUCGAGCGAAACUGAAGUGUUCCGAGUCCUACUGCCACUACAAGAGUCCAACGAAGUUCCUCGAACAGAUGUCCAUGCAGAACGCGGUCUAUUGGGUAGACGUCGUCGCUCUGGUCGGCUUUCUGCUCGUUCUCCGAGUGGUUGUUUACUUCGUGCUGAGACUCAAGCUGCGGUCCCUUCGUUAAAUUCUCGUAGCAGUAGUCUAGGACAGACAAUAAUCGCGAUCACGUCACGGUCGCUACAAGACCGUACUUGAACCGAGACUGUGACGUGGACUGUAUCAUCCAAGAUUACGCUUUCACACAAACGCAGUCUGUUCAAACGGCAGUGAGACAAACGGAGGACGGUCGUGAAUUAAAGAUCUCUCAGGAUCGACAUUACCAUGGAAGUCGUCGUAUCGAUAACACCAGCAAGGAAAACAUUUGCGAAGAGAGAGAAAGAGAGAAAGAGAGAAAGAGAAAGAGAGAUCAUACGAAUAUGAGGGAACACCGUAAGUCGUUUUCGAUUAAACCAAUCGUUUAACGCGCGAACUUUGAUACGUGUUUUAAGUCCUUAGACAACGCGAGGUACUUUAUUUUCUGUCCGCCUCUCUUUCUCUCUCUAUUAGGGGAUAUAAUGUUUUUUUAUUAAUUCUACUGGUGUAGCGGUUAAUGCUUGGAAGGGUGCUUGAUUAUUAUUAAUCGUAGGGAUUAUACAGCUUACACCGGUACCAAACCGAAUGAUCUCUGCCGUUGGCAAAAUGCCGUUGGCAUUUUAACGUACUUCAUUAGCCCGAGUAAUGUAAGAAGCUAUCGUGGGUCACCGCAACAACCCGAAGGGAUCCGAUAAUCCUAAAGACGAAUCAUAAUCUUAGGUCGCCUAGGUCGUUUCAAUAAAAAUAGUACAGGCAGCAGGAAGUUAGGCUACUCUCAAUCGUGCAUUAAACAAUAGUAGGCCGUGACGACGGCGGAAUAUGUCAGGUUUUAACCGUACUGAGUGAAAAUCGCGAACGUUUAUAGCCAAUUACUACGAACUCGCCAGGAGCUUUAGGCCCAUUCAAGACUCGUGUCCCUCCAACGAGCGCGUUUAAACGCGAGCGCGACGGAAAUAGUGGUUUCUACAGGUAGACAAGUAGAGUACACAGAUCGUUAAAACGAGUCUUUUAUUAUUCUUCAUCUUAUACAUAGCUCGCUAUGUUCACUUCAACUUCGACGGAUCACUCAAAGGUAAAUGUACCGCGUAUUCAUGAUCGCACAAUAACGUCGGGUAUACAAAACAGAAACAAUUGCAAAAACCGAAAGCACGCUUGUCCGCGAGUAGCGUUUUCGUAUUAAUACGAUACGAUAGAUACGCGUCUCACAUAAUCACACGAUCGAUCUUACUUCAUAUCGUAAUUUCAUGGACGGUUUACCUAAUAGCUACGCGAUAAUUAAGGCAAGAAGGAAUGAAGGGUUUACUGUGUAUAAAAAGCUCACACUUGACCAAUCACUAGCUGUCUGAGCGUUGCUUCUAAGUGCGAGUGCUAAAUAUUGUUAUACUUACCAUAGUAUACAAAUACAUAUAUAUAAUUAUUCGAACGGCGGGAGAAUUGUAUAGCUGUAUAAAAUGAGAGGAGACAGACAGUGUGCGCCUGUGUGUUAAUGAAUGCAAUUAACUCGUAUUCGAUUUUUUAUAACAAUGCGAUUGCUUUUUUGCGGCCUAUGCACGAUUACAUUCUACGAAUUCGUUUAUCCAGGGACUGACGGAAAGACAGCGAUUAAAAGUGUCUCGCAGACAUUUCGAGUUUAUUUUGUACGCAAUAUCGACACACACACACAACACACAUACACACACACACCCACACACGCACGUACACAGAUACAGACAAAACUCGUUGCAAAUAUUCUUAAUCGGGACGGAUACAAUCAACGAAACAAAUAUAAGAUUAUAGGAAACGGCAAUUUAUAUACUGCGCGUUAGUUUCAUUAGCAGUGCAGGACGCAUCACGUUUACUUUCGAAGCGGGUGGAUUGAAGAAUAUCAAUUAUAUCUUUUCUGCUCUGCAUAUGAGCGAUAAGUGUAAAUAUGUAAUAACUAACAAUAUUGUCCCAGUUUUUUAUCUUCGUCGACGAGUGAAUAAUGGACGGAAAGGUAGUAGGGUUUAUGGCGAACGUUACGAAGCUUACAAUCCCACACAGUACAUUAUUUCACUUGUCACUAACCCGCAAUACUCUCCGUUACAAUUAUAUAUUCUUUUUCUUAGGAUAAUGGGGAUGAGAAUUUUUGGUUGAAUGUGUUAUCAAUUAUGAUCGUUAUCCGUGUAUAAGUGAUAAGAAAGCAGUAUUUACACUUUUUUGAUAUUAUUUUUACAUAACCGUUUACUUAUCUUAUCGUUACUAUAAGUUAAUUGUAUGUUAAUAGUAUUUAAGAUCAGUUAAGUACUUAGUGUUGAUACGUUGAGUUUUUAUCGGGAUGGUAUUUUUGUGUCAAUAAUGCGAAACUAUCGAUGCUAUUGCUAUCUGUUAUUAUCUUGGCCGAUAUUUUCUCUUAUGUCACUUGGCGGUUCAGUAAAUUUAGGAGGACAAAAUUUUUAGUUACAUCUUAACGGAUAACCGGGGAGAAAUUUGUGAAAAUGCAUGCACUCGGUUUAAUUAUGACAUCAAGCGAAUAUAUCUAGUUUUGUUUCUUUCGAUUUUUUAAAUUUCGUUUGGUAUAAGGGGUACUUAAUGCCUUUAAAGGCUUUAUUUUUCAGCGUUGGGACUCGACAGCGAGUACCCUUUUACAACAGGACUUGUGCUAUCGCUUUUCGCGUUAUACGAUUCUAAUGUUGCAGAAAAAAAGACGUAGACUGGGAAAGGAUAUAUUUGUAUUAACUUUUGGGGUAGUAUAAAUAAAUUUGCAUAUUUUUGGAGUUAUCUUAUAGUUAUUCAUUAUUUAUACUUGCACUUAUUACUAGUCUAAGCAAUGGUACAGUUAUCGAUACAGCCUGGAGUGGGAACAAUUCGACUACGCAGGUGUACUGCUCUAAAUUAUUAUGCGUCUUUUUUUCGUAUACUAUUAUACUAAUAAACUCGAUUUCUGUGUAUUGCGAUCAAUCGGCGGAUAGACAGAUUAAUCGGUAAUAAUCCAUACACCGCACCAAGAAAACGUAUCCGUUAAUUAACUUGCUGUGUUGUUAUAUAGAACGCCGUGAUUUGAAAUUUUAACCAAAUGAAAAGAGGAUGCAUACAUUAGUGCGAUUGCGAGACUUGCAGGAGAACAGGUUCUUGCUCGCCGCGACUGAAAAUUUUAUUGAGACACGGUCAUUCGUCCGUUGUCUUAGUAACAGUUUUAUAUGCGUGAUAUAUCGUUAGCCACACAAUUGUUACGCGCUCAGGUCUCGGCAGGUUGCUCCCACAAUCUUGUCCCGGAGAAAGCGCAUAAUUUUCAUGUAGAAAGGACAAAAUACUCAUCAAUGUCUAUUUUUUUCUCUUCAUCUCUCUCUCUCUCUCUCUCUCUCUCUCUCUCUCUCUCUCUGUCAAUUGCAUUCUCAUCGAUACAGCCGAGAUCUGAACGCGCGUCAUGCCGCCAGCGAAGAUUUCUCCGACAAUUAGUGGCUAAUCUCGGUCGCGCGAAUGCUAUAUAAUUUUGCGCUUAUCCAGCCUCAAGUUCGUACAAUGCCGUCGAGUUCAUGCUGCACAUGUCGUAUUCGCGAGAGAUCAACGAGCAAAGAACAAGAGGAUCGGGAUAAUCGGCGAGCCGAUCGUACCGUGAAGGAUAAUACGUGCGCAUUGUGUUCAACACUUCGCGAACGUUACCGACGAGCACGCGAACUUUUUACUCCAACAAUCGCGACGAUCAAUCGCGGGGAGCGCUAAACGCGAGACAUGUGUGCGUGUGUGUUUGUGUAUGUGCGCAACAUAUAGAGGAAAAAAAAGAAGAAGAAACAAAAAACUCAUACGCGUGACUCGCCGCUUUUAGUGGAUUAUUAUACCACCACAUGUCUACACACACAUACGCAUACACACACCCGUGGAUGUACAAUGUACAACGUCAGACCACGUAUCGCAUAUACCAAAAUACCUUUUUCAACGUACUGUAAUUUUAUAUGACAGGAAGAAUGUGUUCGUGUAUGAUUGAGUGCGCGCGAAAGAGAGAGAGAAUGUACGAAAAAUCAGACGCGGGGAAACAUCUUUUUUUCUUUUCCCAAGAAGACGACGAUGACGACGGAAUCGGCGUGUCGAUUUGCGCGAGCCACGCGAAACCACAUUUUCGCGUGACGGGAGUAAUCAUCGCCGACCCUUGGAGAGAACCGACGUUAAAUAAAUAAUACUUCGUAUCUUGGUUUUAGCGAGGGACGUCACGUUUGUACUAAAGCACAAAUGAAUAAACGAUUGUAUCAAUGGG